UUGUAAAUGCAAAAAAAAUAAAUGCUAUUAUUUAUGAUACAUUAAUUUUCUAUUUCUUCUAUAAAUUUUCGUGACUAAUAUAUGAAUUAUUUACUUCCACAUCUCAUCCUAUGGUUUUAUAAUUGUAUAACAUCAGGUGCAAUUACCUUAACAUAUCCUACGAAAGACAUUCAUGCCUUCAGUAUUUUAAACGAUGCAACAGAUAAUAUUGAUACAAUACCGCAAAAGCAAACGAUUCAAGAAUUAUUUAUGAAACAAAAAGACCAUGUGAUUGUUUAUAUAAAUGCUAAUAAAUUGCCAAAUCCCGCGAAACAUAAAUCUUUCGAAAUUUCGAUAUCGCAUCUUCCGCAAAAUGACGUUUAUUCUUCAACGGAUAUCAUUCUAGACUUAACUGAUUCACAAACAGAAUGGUUCCCAACGAAUUACAAGGAAACUAUCUAUUCUGCCAAAAAUGCUACGACCAAUUACAAUCAUUCGCAUUACUUCCGUUCUGCAGCUAAUUCGACGCAUGAUGGUGGAAGAAGUCAGUUUACGAAAUGCUUUUACGAAGGAACGAUCAGGUCCAUCCCCGGUUCUUGGCUCGUCUUGGAUAAUUGUGAUAGGACCUUUCACUUUAAUGGAAUAAUAAACGAUGGCGAGGAUUUCUAUUACAUGCAACCAAUGCAAAGCGAAUCUUCGAAUAUUCUUAGAGUUCCUCAUUUGCUUUCAAAGUACCAAAAGAUUGUCGAAAACGAUACUGCACAUGGAAAUUAUACCAAGAAUUGCGAAAUCGCGAACAACGUAAAACUAGUCAAUUCUCCACCACAAAAUUACAAAACGAGAAGGAAAAGAGAUCUAAUUGUACCUGAAUACCAAGGCCAUUCUCCCUUGGUCAUCGAACUUUAUAUCGUUAAUGAUCAUUCUCAAUACGUCAAAUGGGGAAAAGAUGAGAGGAAAGUAAUCCUGAGAACUCUUCAGAUAUCUCACAUAUUAAAUGCGAUUUUUAAACAGCUGAAUAUAUUGGUAGCACUCGUAGGUACGGAAGUGUGGACCUCUUCCGACAGAAUAACCAUUUUGAGUGACGGAGAUAAAACACUAAAAAAUUUCAACGCCUACCGCCAAAAACACAUACUACCCGUCAUCUCUCACGACAAUGCUCAAUUACUAACAGCGCAUUAUUUCGAUGGAGGCGUGAUUGGCAAGGCUAUCAAAAGACAAAUUUGUGCUUACAGCGACUCCACUGGAGUUGCCAUGGACCACAACAAUUUAGUAGGACCGGUGGCCAGCACGAUGGCUCAUGAGCUUGGCCACAGUCUGGGGAUGGACCAUGACACCGAAAUCUGCGAUUGUCCGGAUCGUGUCUGCGUUAUGACGCCGGCUAGCGGGUCUUUCUUAGCAACGAAAUGGUCUUCUUGUAGUUUACAAUAUCUGAGUUACUCGAUAGCCCGAGGGAUGGAUGCAUGUCUCGGUAAUGUGCCUGCGAAAGUAUUAGAUACUCCUAAAUGCGGAAACGGUUUUUUGGAAUCGGAAGGCGGAGAGGAAUGCGAUUGUGGAUUGCCCGAAUAUUGCCAAAACAAAUGUUGUAAUCCAGUGACUUGCAAACUCAGCGUCAAUUCCAGUUGUGCCACCGGAUCGUGUUGUAAUUUCUUUACUUGUCAGUUGAGACCAGCGGCGAGCGUGUGUAGGCGAGUAAAUGGGGUUUGCGACUUGCCUGAGUUUUGCGAUGGAAAAUCGGAAUUCUGUCCGCGUGACAUUCAUGUACAAGACGCAAUGCCUUGCCCUUCCUCCAAUUCCCUCCUAGACCUUGGGCACCUUGAUCUAAUAGCGAAUAAAAUAGAUUUAGAUAUAGAAACUAAUAGCUCGAACAACGAUAAAUUGCUAGGAGCCAUUGACGAAGAUCCAGACCUGUACACUGAAGUUUAUUCGAAAGGACAUUGUUUUUACGGGCAAUGUCAAUCUUACGCAUCUCAGUGCAAACUUAUUUGGGGAACUUCCGCAAAAAUGGCUGUACCUACUUGUUUCAAACAAAACGCCUUUUCCGAUAAUCCCGCCCGACAAAAGGUGUCAUUAUCCUCUCGUCAAUCUCCCAGCAUUGAAACGAUUGACGCGCGGCACAAAAAUGGUGAUUGCGGAUACGACAUUGUAUCCACUUCUUUCACUUCAUGUCCCAACGAUGAUUACAUGUGCGGGCGUGUGCAUUGUGUGGAUGAGGCAGAAAGGCCGAUUUAUGGGGACACAUCUGGUCGUAAAGAAUGGCACUCUUAUGUCAGAUAUGCCAGUGUCACCAAACCAUUUAAUCUUAGUCCUAGAAUAAAGCGUCAAUCGACACGUUACUGGUCUUGCCAUUCUGUCUUCAUUGAUCUAGGAUCGCAAGUCAAAGAUGCUGGCAUGACUCCUGAUGGCGCGACCUGCGGGCCCGAAAAAGUAUGCGUGAAUAGAUCCUGCAUCCACGAAUCCAAAGUGAACAUCAGGAAAUGCCGGAAGAAUUGCAGUGGUCACGGGAUAUGUAAUAGCGAAAACAAUUGUCAUUGUUACAAGGGGUAUGGCCCUCCUUAUUGCGAUAAACCUGGCAUAGGAGGAAGCAUCAACAGCGGACCCCCAGCGAAUAUCACCAGGAUAAAACCAUUUAUAAAAGCCCUACUUUUGCUCUUUUUGUGUUUCGUUCCUUCGAUAUGUUUAAUGACAUAUUGUGUUUACAAAAUUCGAACUCGUUAUGGCAAUUGCCAUAAAAGACGCACCUACGAUAAAAAUGGCCGCGAUUACGAUGGACCACACACUAUGACCACAUUUGUCAGGAAUGUUUUGACAUAUUUAUUCAAAAACUACAAGUCGAAAAACAAGGAAUACGAUUCGAAAAAUACCGCUGAUAAAUUUAAAAAGCCCGAAAAAUUGGCGAAUUUUAACAAACAAAACUCCUUAACCUCCCAACAUAUUCACCACGUCUUCAUGGAACAAAAAGACAACAAAUUGUUGAAAGAUAUAACUGAUUGGCCUCUAACUGACCGUCCGAGUGCUGGUCCCUAUCCGCUAAGACCGGCUCCUCCUCCACCACCUGCCAUAAUUCCUGAUUCCCCACAACACAAGGGCAGUAAGGAUGCACGAAUUAUGAAGAUGCCUAAAUCGGAAAUGUUUAUCAAUAAAAGUAAGAAGAAAGUGAUGCAAGAUAGUGGCAGUACAAGGUCGAAACGGAGACCUCAACCUCCGCUCCCACCUCCGUCCCCUUCCACCUCUUCCGUCUAUCAAAAUGUAAUUCUACCUCCCAAAAUUAAGGUUCAGCGCCAUGAAUCCUCUGUGAGUCGCAUCGCUCGAAAAUUUGAAGAAGAGGGCGCUAUUGCCUUUCAAAAACCUCGAUAAAAAUUUACAACAUAACUAUUAAGACCAUCGUGCGGAUGGUUCAAAUAUUUUCUUCAUAUGGGAAGCGUUUUUUUUUAUCUUAUAUUUUUU